UCUCGUGUGCUUGCCCACACAGCGCACACCAGCAGAAUGAAAUGCCUGUGGGUGAAGCCCACCCAAAGGAGAGGGGACUUGCCAGGGGACAAGUUCUCUGCCCGAAGAGGCUCCCAGCGAAAUGGAUCCCCUUCUCUUUCCCAUUCAGGAACUCCAUGCCCACUUGAACGGGUCCAUCAGUGCCGCCACCAUGAAGAAGCUGAUGGCGCAGAAGCCCGACCUUCGGAUUCAAAACGAAAUGAUAACAAUCGACAAGGGGAAAAAAAGAAAUUUGGAGGAAUGUUUUCAGAUGUUCCGGAUCAUACACCAGAUUACCAGCAGACCUGAAGAUAUAUUAAUGGUAACCAAAGAUGUGAUUCGGGAAUUUGCUACCGAUGGAGUCAAAUACCUCGAACUCAGGAGCACGCCAAGGGAGGAAGAAAGCACAGGGAUGACCAAACGCAUGUACGUGGAAGCUGUGCUGGAGGGCAUCAAGCAAUGCAAGGAAGAAGGAUGGGACAUAGAUGUGAGAUUUCUAGUAUCUGUGGACCGAAGUAGGGGGACAGCUGCCGCCAAGGAAACCGUGAAGUUGGCUGAAGACUUUCUGCUUUCCACCGAUGGCGUGGUCGUCGGCCUGGACCUCAGCGGGAAUCCGCAAGCAGGGCACGGCCGGGACUUCUUGGAGCCUCUUCUGGAAGCCAAGAAAGCUGGUUUGAAGCUGGCGUUGCAUCUUUCAGAGAUUCCAAAGCGGGAGGACGAAACUCGGCUGCUUCUGGGCCUUUCCCCGGACCGAAUUGGACACGGGACGUUUCUUCACGCGUCAGAAUCGGCCGCACGGGACCUGGUGGAGCUCGUGAGGCAGAACAGGACCCCUCUAGAACUCUGCCUGACGUCCAACCUCAAAGGCGAGACGGUACCCUCCAGGGCCCAGCACCAUUUCGGAUUCUGGUACCCCCUUGGCCACCCCGUCGUCCUUUGCACGGACGACAAAGGCGUUUUUGCUACCGAGCUGUCUCAGGAGUACCAGCUGGUUGCGGAGACCUUUCGGUUGUCCGACGAGCAAGUCUGGGCACUUUGUUUGGACGCCAUCAACCACAUCUUUGCUUCCAGCCACACCAAAACGAAGCUGAGGGAGCAAUGGCGGAUGCUGAAACCCACCCUGCUGGAGUAGCUUCGUGGAGAAUGCCAGGACCCAAGCUGUGGGCUUCGUUGAGGGUUGUGUUGUGUGUGUCCGUUUGUAGAGUUUGUUGGUUGGGUGUCUAGCCUGCCUCUCUGCUGAUGAUGCAAGGGGAUCUCCCUAGCAUGUCCUCUUGUUUUUUUCCACCACCACAACUCUGUGUGCUGGGGGAGCAUGUCUGGCUUCAUGUCACCCAAGGAACUUGGGGUGGACUUGAACCUGGGUCUUCUAACAUCUCCACCACUAGAAUCACCCCACGCCCUCCUGCUGCGCCAAUUAGCCUCAGUAUGGAAGCCUAGAUCCUGAUUCACAUUAAGCCAUAAGGUGGGCUGAUGUUGGCUUGGCGUUAUGCAAACUUAAUUAAUGACAGUUUUGCCUGCAAAUCUCUUUAAGCAAAGGAUGGGUUAAUUGCUCCAGAGUUUAAAUAACCCUCGAGAGAAGGGGCAGGAUUGUACUGUAAUAUGUGUUCACUUAAUCACAACCAUAGCAUCUCAGGGAAUAUUACUGAAAACUUUCUAGGUUGCUUCCGUACCAAUUCUUGUAGCUCCCCUCAAACGACCGUUUGGUUUCACUCAUUUAACCCAUCUCUGACUUCACGGUAUUCAGUGGACUCGCUGGGCUCAACCUACUAACCUGUAAACCGUGGUUUAUAAGCCCCAUGGUGGGAUUAUCACAGCAUCCUCAAACAAACUACACCACCACCUUGGCUUCUGUCUUACUCUCUGGUGCAAAGAGGGCCUUUUGAAAACGAAUGGCUAUGUUAAAACUUAAGACGGUGUGGUCUGAAUGGAAAAACCACUAUUUCUGGGGUCCUGAAAGAACCCAUAAAAUGAAAAGAACAAUCAACACCCCCCCCAAAGAAGCUUGAUGCAUUUUCAUGCUUUAUAUCUGAGCAGCUGGAUUCCAAAGGAAGGACGGGGAGACGGAUCCUCAGUGCCCCCCAAUUCUGAAUGGCCACCCUUAAAGGUUGGUGUUUCCUCCAAGAUAGUCCAGGUUCUGCCUCCCUCCCCCCCCAUAAAAUUCCCCAAUUCUGCUGCUGCCUCCGAUGUUUGCAAAGAGAAAAGCUGGAGUCAAUUUAUCCUGGCCAGUUGUUCUGACCUGGGAACUGGCAAAUUUAAUAAAGUCCCAAGAGCUUACAGACAUUCCCUGUGGAUUUUCUGUCUUUCUUUCUUUCCUUUCUUCCUUC